AUGUCAGAAGCGGUGGCCGCGCUCUUCUCUCGACCAAAGCCCUCAGCCGGGCUAGGACCAGGACGACUCAACAGCUCGUCUACUCUCCCAAACCUCAUCACCCAACAGCCUGCCCAACGACCUGGCAUGACCACAUCCCUCGCCACCAUGACCGCCAUCUCAUCACAGACAGACAUCCACAUCACCUCACCUACCGGUACACGUGCCUCUGGAACCUUCUCCACCACAAGCAGCAUAAGCACAUCAACAGCAUCGUCUUCCACGUCGUCCCUGAUUGCCACGAGUCCGACUGACCUCCACCACUCGCCUUCGAAACCCCGCACCAACAGCAACGGUACUAAUACCAGCGCUGCAGCCCAAUUGCUGUCGAGGGUGUCCGAGGAGAUUAAGCAGCGACCAUGGCGUCCUUUGCCCGAUAAACGAUUACAGAUCAAUGUUAAGAGGAUUGAUCUCAACCAGAUCCUCCAGCGACCCUAUGUCAUCUUGACGCUUGGAGAUCAAUCGUACCAGACAUCGACAUCGGAACGAGAGCAUGGGGAUUGGAACGAAGGGUUCGAGUUCCGCGUCACCUAUCACGCUCAGCUCUUUGACAGUCUUCAGCUGGAUCUGUACGACAGGAGCAUUUUACUCCGGGAUAGGCAUGUCGGACGAGCAGAGAUCAAACUUUCGCACUUGCAAGGAUUACCAGAGUCAUUCACCAGUUUUUAUGAAAUUUGGGACAGGACGAAAUCUGCUAGCACAAUGUCGAACCUCGCAGGCAAAAAGACGCUCUCAUCCAACAUUGGAGCCAUUCAACUUCGAGUUCACUAUCGCUAUCAAAAGCCACCACAGCCAGACGAACAUCCGGAACCGCCCAUGUCGAUUGUACCAGCACCCAGGAUAUCGAACGAACUGGAGGUGGAUUCCGAUUUUUUGGCACAACUUUCGGAGGCGAUGAUGGACGACGCUUCGGACACGAGGUUUCAAAAGUAUGAGGACCCCGAGAACAAGGAGCCUAGAACGAAUCAGCAUGCGGAACUCAAGUUUGCAACAGUGGAUGAUGACGAGACGGUCGUCCAAUAUCCUAUUCUGGACAUGGUUGGGUCAUGGACUAUUGCACCUGAGACUCAAAAGGUCGUAAAGGCGGUCAUUCGAAUUGCAUCUGCCUUUGGGCAAGGCUUUGAGUUGACGAACGCACAGAUUUUGACAGGGGUCGUUGUUCUCGAGAGGUACUACCGGGACGUGACCAGCGAGAGAAUAGACACCGGACUGGCUACAUUGGAACAAGUCGAGCAUGCUGGUUACUUUUGGCGAUUCUCCAUGGCUUCCUAUGGCUAUGCAGGAAUUAACUUUGUGGGCAAAGGAAACGGGAUCAUGAAGGACUUGAUCCGUUGGCGGUCGGACCAUGCCUGCGCAAUUGAUUUCCUUCGCAUCCCGCAGGAGGACUUGCUGGCCUACGAGUUCCAUGCCUCCAAGGUCUUCCACCCCAGUUACUAUGUUGCCCUGGAUCGCGCCACCAACUCGAUCGUCCUAGCUAUUCGAGGCACAAUGAGCGCAUUCGAUACACUUACAGAUCUGGUUUGCGAGUACCAGCAGUGGAAGGGUGGUCUUGUUCACGGAGGCGUGAAGACAUCGGCGGAUUGGUUCAUGACCAACCUUGUCCCUCAGCUUGUUGCCUACAUCUCCAAGCAUAAGGUCUCGGCAUUGAACAUUGUUGGGCACAGUCUCGGAGGUGGUACAGCGUCGAUCUUGACUAUGAUGCUCUUGGACCACCAGCAUGAGUUCCAGUCGUUGAUGAACGGUAACUUCAGAAUUCAAUGCCACGCGUUUGCACCGGCUUGCACCGUCUCCAAGGAACUGGCGGAUCGGUACAAGGACCAUAUCCGUUGCUAUGUCUAUGAGGAUGAUAUUGUCAGUCGAUUGAGUUAUGGAAGCAUGAUGGAUGUCAAGACCAUGAUGUUGGGAGCUGUUGAGGCAGCGGCACAUAUGGGGUUGACAAAGGUGUUCCUGACGGGAACUGAUGAAGAUUGGAAACCUACGCUGGAAGCCGUCUCUGAAGUCCGCAAGCAGAUCAAAACUGCCACCAUUCAACACCCAAAGCUUUAUAUUGCGGGAGCAGUGUUCCAGCUGUGGCGGCACGAGAAUGAACUGGACUGUGUAGAGAUGAAACCGGCAUCGAAUCGACUAUGCGAAGAGGUGCUGAUCAAGUCAGCAGCGCUGUCUCAGCACCUCCUUGGCAUUCUGGACAAUGCGUUCCCUAAGGCGCGCGAGUCCAGUAUGAUGAUACCCUCCAACCAAGCUGUCUCUCCCACGACCUUGUCCAAAGAGAAGACUAUUCGGCUUACCCGGAAAAAGACCAAUUAG